UGUAUGGUUAUCCGUUAUCCACACCAGAGAGCGAGAGCGAGCGAGCGAGAGAGAGAGGAGAGAAUGCCGCCGUUGGGUUUGCUCUCUUUCCCAUCGUCACCUUCUACCACCAUUUCCUUCUCGUCUUCUUACAAAACCCUCAUCUCCUCGAGAAACCCUAACAGAUCCUCUUCCCAUGGAAUCCAAAUCCAUCACCACCAUCUAUUCCCACUCUCUCGAAUCCACCGUAGAAAUCCUCCCGCAUCGACGGUGGUGAUGAUGGCGAAGAGAGAGGAAGAGCUGAAGGAGAUCCGGUCCAAGACCACGGAAGAAAUCAACGAAGAGAUUGUCGAUCUCAAGGGCGAGCUCUUCAUGCUCCGCCUCCAGAAAUCCGCUCGCAGCGAGUUCAAAUCCAGCGAGUUCCGCCGCAUGCGCAAGCGGAUUGCUCGAAUGCUGACCGUGAGAAGGGAAAGGGAGAUGGAGGAUGGAACUAACAAAAGGUUGUCUCGAAAGCUUGACAGGAAAUGGAAGAAAAGCAUUGUGGUUAGGCCACCUCCAUCUCUGAAGAAAUUGCAAGAGGAGCAGAAAGCAGCUGAGGCUGCAAAAUCAGCAGAAAAAUCAACAUGAGCAGAUCAACCUCGUUGCACUGUUGCUUCUUAUGUUUGGCAUCUCCUUUAAGGAGAAUUUCAUAUUGUCCUUUGUUAAAUCAUCUCUUCAAAUUGGGCCAGGUUUGGUUCUACCAAAUGUUCUUUUUGUGUAGUAACCUAUGUACGAAGGACUUGAGAAAUGGAGAGCAUUCAAUGUUGAGGGAUUAUAGCCAUAGAAUUUGGCAUCCA